AUGACACCCCCGCAGCUCUUCCAACUUCCUCACAGGCGGGUCUCUCCCCAGGAUAAGCAAAGCUUUGCCUACACCACCCUUGUCAAGAGGUGGCCUGUUGUUCUCACGAAUGUCAUUUCCACCGUCUCUAACGCCAACCACGAAGCCCACGUCGGCUCCGCUCCCGACAAGGAUCAGCGGGUGGAGGAGGGCAAGAAGAUCAUCUCUCAGAUCUCCGAAAUGAAGUAUGAGAUGGGACACGAUGCCAUUCUCACUCCCAUCAAGGAAGACGGAGAUAUCAAUGUCCAGUGCUACAACGAAGAACUCGCAAACUUCCCGGAGAAUGAGAGGACGUGGGGUACCGUCAACUGGCUUUGGGCUGAGUGCUACGUAUACCGACGUUUGAGGAGCUUCUUUGCUGCCACCACUCUUUGGAAAGAGUAUGACCCCUUCUUUGACCAAAAGGCCGAGACCUACAAGUCUAGUUCCGCUGCUAUCGUCCAGCUUGCAAAGGCCAUGAACACGGCUCAUGGAGAGAAGGAUGACCUGGCCAGGGACUCUGAAAAGACCGGGUCUGCUUUGGAGGUUGCCUUCUUGGAGAUGCUCCAAGCCGAUCUCUGGGGAAACGCUACUGACCUCUCCCUCCUGAUCGACCUCAAAUAUGAAGACCUCCAGAAACUCCAAGCUGUCGGCUCGGAAGCGCAAGCGGAGCAAGCCAAGUUCAUCUUGCGAAAUGAUAUGAGCAAGGCUUGGGAGCUCCUCAAGACUCUUAGGGAUGGCCGUGUUGAUAUUGUGCUGGACAAUGGUAAGCAGUACCGCUUGCUUUACACUGAUUUCAUCUUGGCCGACUUCCUCGUCUCAUGCACCCCCUUCGUGAACGAGGUCGUCUUCCACCCCAAGGCGAUCCCAUGGUUCGUCAGCGACGUCCUCCCCUACGACUUCACCUGGGCCAUCGACUCCCUCCUCGACCGCUCCUUCUUCCAAGACGCCGCCACCCCCCUCUCCUCCUCUGACCUCGAUUCCCUGACCACCAUAGCUCAACGCUGGAAGUCGCACGUCGAGUCGGGCCGUUUCAAGCUUUCGGUCCCGCUCAAUACCAAGCUCGGCCAAGCACCCGAGGUUGGAGGAUUCUGGACGACGCAGUAUGCUUACCAGGACUUGCCUGCUACGGCGCCGGAGGUUUUGAAGGAGUUGCAAAAGUCGGACUUGGUGAUCUUUAAGGGUGAUCUGAACUACCGAAAAUUGGUGGGCGACGCUUGGUGGCCUACUACGACACCGUUCGAGGAAGCGUUGGGUCCCCUUGCCGGUCAGAUCAACCUGCUCAGCUUGAGGACCAACAAGGCCGACACCAUUGCUGGUCUUGAUGAGGGCAUUGCCGAGAAGCUCGACAAGGAAGCGCCAGACUGGAGAGUGUCUGGAAAAUACGCUGUCGUGUCUUUCUCCAAGAGACGUUGA